AUGUUGCAGCUGUUGCUGUUGCUGUUGCUGCUGUUGUUGCUGAUGCUGCAGGCACAGGCGAAAUUCAAGAGUCUGCAUUGCCAAAUCAUUGACAAGAACUUUGGCAACUUGAGAGUCUGCGAAAUUAAGGCCAUAAAUCGCACAAAGAAUGUUAUAAACAUUAGUUAUGAUUUAUAUAAAACAGUGGAAAAUGAUGUACAGGCACAAGUGCAACUUUUUAAACGCGCUAAUGGUUGGCAUCCUUUUCUUUACAAUUUUAAGCUUGAUGUCUGCAAGUUCCUUAAGAAACCGAAUAAUUUAAUUGGAAUUAUUGCAUUUAAAUACUUAAAGCCCUUUACCAACAUCAAUCACACUUGUCCCUUUAUGGCAGGCAGUCCGAUAAUUGUUAAGAACUUUGAACUCGAUGUGGAUAAUUUCCGACAACGGUUUCCCAUUGACAAUGGUGAAUAUGCUUUAACAUUAUCUCUGUUUAUUAACAAGAUCUUGGUAGCUUCAUUCAACGGUUCCAUUUAUCAUUUCAACUACAAGGAUCAAUAG